AUGUCUGAAUACAGCAAGAAGGUAUUCCGUGAUAAUUUACAAGGUUUGGAUGCGUAUACUCGACAUAAAUUAUUUAUGAGGGAUUAUGUUAAUUUUUAUGGACAUAACAGUCAACCGUCAAAUGUAGAGACAAAGACAGAAUUUGACAUUUUAAAAGAAAAUCAUAAUUGGGAACAACGUGUUGCAAAAAAGUAUUAUGAUAAAUUAUUUAGGGAAUAUUGUAUUGCUGAAUUAAAAUAUUAUAAGGAAGGGAGGAUUGCUUUGAGAUGGAGAAUUGAAAAAGAAGUUAUAACAGGAAAAGGUCAAUUCAUUUGUGCAUCAACAAAAUGUUCAAAUACAAGUGAAUUAAAAUCUUGGGAAGUUAAUUUUGCUUAUAUGGAAGAUGGAGAAAAGAAAAAUGCUUUAGUUAAAAUUAGAUUAUGUCCAAAAUGUUCUGAUAAAUUAAAUUAUAGUAAACAACAUCCAGAAAUUAAAACUGAGAAAGAUGAAGUUGAUAAUAGUGACAAAAAGAAAAAACGUGAGAGUAUUUCAGAGAGAAGUAAUAAGAAACGGGAAGGUAAUUCUAAAGAUAUCGAAAGACAAAAAUUAGUUGAUAAUCAUCCUGACGAUUUAUCUGGAAUAGUGAAAAUAGAGAACUUUGAUGAGUUUUUUACCGGAUUAUUUGUUUAA